ACGUCAUUUGUCAUAAUAUCGAAAACGUCACAUCCGUAAAAUUAGAAAUAUUGGUCAGUGGACAUCGACAGACUGUCACUGUGGUUAUUUAAAAAUUCAUGUGUUUAGCAAUGAACCCAUAAAUGUGAACAGGUCAGACGGAUUGAAAAGAGAUGACGGAUACAAACACCACCAUGCCACCUACCACACUGAGUAGUACCACCACCAAUCACUCAGAUCUGAGCAGCACCACACCAUUUGUACCAACCACCACCAACAGCUCUGCACACAAUGGGACCUUUGUACAUCAGCCGCUCAUCUUUCUGCAGACUGCUGCAGCUCAGGGCAUUGGUGGGGCGUUCUCCAUUCUUGCACUCCUCAUAACCGUUCAUCAGAUCUACCUCCACCUGCGUUACUACACCUGUCCUAACGAGCAGCGAUGGAUCAUUCGGAUUUUAUUCAUCGUCCCCAUCUACUCCUUUGAUUCUUUCCUGAGUCUGAUGUUCUUCAACAAUGACAGUUACUAUGUGUACUUUGAUAGUGUGCGAGAUUGUUAUGAGGCAUUUGUAAUCUACAGUUUCCUGAGUUUGUGCUAUGAAUAUCUGGGAGGGGAAAGUUCUAUAAUGUCCGAGAUCAGAGGGAAACCAAUCAAGUCAAGUUGGAUUUGGUGUACUUGCUGCCUGGCUGGUCGACAAUACACCAUUGGUUUUCUAAGGUUCUGUAAACAGGCAACCCUUCAGUUCUGUAUUGUGAAACCUGUGAUGGCAUUGACCACUCUCAUUCUACAAGCCUUUGGACUUUACAAGGAUGGCAACUUCUCGCCGUCCUCGGGCUUCCUGUACGUGACCCUGAUCUACAAUGUGUCCGUCAGUCUGGCCCUCUACGCUCUGUUCCUGUUUUAUUUCGCCACCAGGGAACUGUUGAGUCCAUAUGAUCCUGUCUGGAAGUUCCUUACUGUCAAAUCAGUCAUUUUCCUGUCUUUCUGGCAAGGUAUUGUGUUGGCUAUUCUGGAGAAGGGAGGUGCUAUUAGCCCCAUUUUCUCAGAUAAUGGAACAAUGAAGGUGGGCCUAGGAACUGUCUCAGCAGGCUACCAGAACUUCUUCAUUUGCAUAGAAAUGUUUUUCGCUGCACUAGCACUGCGACUUGCAUUCCCUCACUCCAUCUACAGUUCUGGUCCAGCGAACACCACAGGAAGGACCGUGUCACUACAGAGCAUCUCCAGUAGUCUGAAGGAGACCAUGAAUCCUCGGGACAUUAUGCAGGAUGCAAUACACAAUUUCCACCCUAAUUAUCAACAGUAUACCCAGCAGGGAAGUAAAAUCCCCCACGAGGAGGAGCAGGCUGAUGGCUGGCCAUACGAACAGAACAGGAGUCGGCCAGCUCGUAACGGCAAUGCCACACGCGAUGUCUUGUCAAGGCCACUGCCCCAUCAACAGCCUGAAACUGCCCAUGGCCAGCAGCCACAGCGCCCUCAAGUGGGGCCCACUAGCAGGAAGUUCAAUGAGAAGACAACUCUGUUAAGUUCUGAUGAUGAAUUUCAGUGAGCUCUAGAAUUAAGGACUGCGUUGAACAAUCUCUAGUCUCAGUGUUCAGCAUUGUUCAGAGUUGAAAGACAGGUGUUAUGAAUUCCUAGCAGAGCACUCUAGCAAACUAAGCCUGACAUCAGUUGUUCUCUACAAAUGAAGGAGUUUCAACAACAACCAAGAAACUCUUUUUUUGAUGUGCAACCAUGCCCUUCUCUCUCCCCCCCCCACCCCAUCUACCAAACACACAGAAUUAAAAUUGGAAAAUUUUCAGGAUGAAAUUGUUUUGACAUAACUACAAGAAUACAUGUUAUUUACAGGAAAGCUGUUUAAGCAUGGCUGGUUUCAAAAUUCCUCAUCAUUGUAUCUGAAUAACUGAAAUAUUCCUGCAUAAUAUUAAAAUGUUCAAAACUGUCAAUACCCACCGUUCUAAUGAGGUGUAUUUUGUAGAUAAUGGUAAGUCAGUAUAACUCACAUUUAUAGGGUUUGUGAAUUUUCAUUUUUAGAAAUGCUGUAAAUAUAUUAAUGUUAUUUUUAGUAGCUAUUAAAGUAUUUACCUAAGUAGUUGUGAUAUUGUGAUAAUUAGGUCAUAUUAUUUUAACGUUGGUGAACAGUUAGUGCAUUACAAUGAGUAGCUGUAAAAGACAUUAUGUAUAUAUUGAAAAGUUAUUAAGUUUAAUUUUAUUGGUGUGAGCAAUUAUUUUGAACAAAAUGUUAUAAAGAAUCUCUCCCAUUUUUGUGUAGGUUGUUCUAGAUUUCAGUGUAAGGUUGUCUUUACAAUGUAUUAUUGUCCAUUAGAGAUAACUGAGACAUGCAGUGUGUAGGGUGAUGUAUGAGAGUAUCAAGUAAUACAUGACACGAUUGACAGGACUUCAUGUAGAUAGGAUGAAGCAUCCAUACUAACAAUGUACUUUCAUGAUAUGAAUGCCAAUUUUACUCUUUUUUCAUGCUUGCUUUGUGACCCUCUUGUCUUUAUAGAUUGUUUUGUUAGGAAAUGCUUUUUAUUGAAAUGCAAGUGUCUGAAAAUUUGCAGUUUUUCAACAUUCCAAUGUGAAUAUUUAUUUUGGUACAUAUUUAAAAAUUGUUUAUAAAUACAUGUAUACUAAAUAGCAUUUGAAAAUGAAAUUGAUCAUGAAUUUAAAUACUGAAUGCCCUUUAAAAAUUUUAAAAUCAACGUUAUUUGAGAACAAAAAUUAUAUACCAAAAUCAUUGAAUAAUAGAUCAUUCAAGUAAUAGCAUGUGAUAAUCAGACUAUAUGUAGAGGUAUGGACCAGUGGCCAGGCAUAUCUGAAUAAUUCUUGAUAAGUAUGAAUGAGAAGUUGUCUCCCUUGAGAGUUCGUGUUUUAGGUGGCAGGAUACAGUGACAUAAAAUGGCUUCUUGUAAAUUAGUAAUUGUAAUUUCAUCAGUUAGUGCUGUCCUAAACUAUGUAAUAUCAUCACAUGUUAUUUCAACUUGAGUCCUUGUAAGUACCUAGUAUAGACUCUGUCUGCCAGUGUUAGUCUUUUUUCUUCAAUGUUUAACAGAAACUGACUGCUCCCUUCUCGAUACAGAUCUCCUCUUGGAAUAAGUGAAUCCAUGCAAUAAAAACUGAUGUUGCAUUCUGUUUGGUAGAAAAUAAAGUACUGGUAACAUUCUUAACAUUUGAUUCCAUGCCCUAUUGCCGAAUGCAUACCCAUACAUAUAAGUAUAAAUUGGCAAGUACUGUUUAGAAUGCCUCUUGUGAAUAGCACCUUAAUACAAUCUGAUUAAAACCACCACCCUCUUUUUGCUCUUUAUCAUAUGGACUCUGGAGAAGGGUGCUGAUUUUAAUUUAAAUGAUAAUUUGAAAAUAAAUUUAUGGUUAUCUUUUUUUUUCUUGUACUAAAUAAUUAUGCACAUUUGUAAAAUAUUUUUUUGAUAAGUAUAACAUUUAAGCCAAUUAAGUUUAAAUAUUAUCUGUAGAACUUUUCAAACAAAGACUUAAAGUAAAUAUUCAACCAAAGUUAAUUCUUGCAACAUGGCUUGAUACAAAGUGCUCCUGGUUUCAAAUUUCCUUCCUAUUGCUGCUCCUCGGCCAUUCAGGAAUUAUUAUUUGGCGUGGAUUGAGCAAUUUUACAUUUAUUGCAUGUGAGAAAUUUCUAGAGCUGUACAUCUUCUAGUAACCUUAUAUGCUUUUACAUUCAUUUUCAUGUACAUGCAAAAGUGUAAUGUCAAAUCUAUUUUUGUUAUUUAAUUUAUAUACAUGUUUUAAAUAGUUAGAUAUAUUUUAGGUUAUGCACAAAUUUAUAUUGCUUUGCAGUAUUGUGCAGAGUUGAGUUGUCUCAGUUAUUAUUAUCAAUAUUAGAUACAUAAAGUUUUGUAUAAAUUGCACACAUGGCAGUAACAUGUAUAAAACUUCUCUGUUCAUCUUAAAAAACAAAGCUGCAAAGGUUAAAUCAUGUAUCAGAACCUAAAGCUGAUACAAUUUGGAGUUCUUUGGUUCUAAAGUUAUUUGUUCACAUUAUUUCUGUUGAUUUGUGUUUUUAAUUGAAUAAUCUGGCAUUUUGUUUUGUUGACAGUAGAUUUUGGCUGUGCUUGAGAACUACUUUUACCUAAAACUAGAUAAAGGACAAAUGUUGUAUAAACUGACAUUAUAUUCUAUUUUGACUAUGAGUGACUGCCCUUACACUGUAACAUCACAAAAUUUACGAAAGUGUAUAGCUUUUUUACUUUGCGCAAGUUAUUUUUUGAGAUUUGAAAAGUUUCUUACAGUAAAAAUGAUCGCGAAAAAAAAAAAUUAGAUCAUCACAAAAAUUAAGGGAUGUAUGGUACUCCUUUUUUACUACAAAUGACUGACAUAUUGUAUUGUGAUAGUUUAAGUAACAAUUUUUGUUAGCACACAUACAUGAUCCUGUUUUUUUAACACGGCAUUGACGGUACUUAUACUUAAAUGAACACUGUAGCUGUGUAGAUUAGAACAUAUCUUUUGAUCGUGCCAUGUUGUCUUGUUUAAUGUGGAUGUUACAAUAAAGCAUAAAUUCAA